AUGGCGCGAAGACGAACAAAGAAGAGAACGCACGUCGGUGCCAACAAUCCGGAGACAGCCGCAGCCGGCCAUGCCACUGCCCGCGACCCCAAGAGCAUGGUCAUCAGGAUCGGCGCGGGUGAGGUCGGUCCCAGCAUCAGCCAGUUGGCCGCCGAUGUGCGCAAAGUCAUGGAACCCGGUACGGCCAGUCGGUUGAAGGAGCGAAGGGGGAACAAGUUGAAGGACUACGUUGUCAUGUGCGGGCCCCUUGGUGUUACUCAUCUGAUGCUGUUUUCCCGCUCAGAGACGGGCAACACGAACUUGAGGAUGGCGCUUGCGCCGCGAGGUCCGACAAUGCAUUUCCGCGUUGAAAAGUAUUCGCUUUGCAGAGAUGUUCAGAGGGUUCAGAAACACCCCAGAGGUGGUGGGAAAGAAUUCUUGACGCCCCCGCUGCUUGUCAUGAACAACUUCACCACGCCAGGUGCCGACUCCAAGUCCAAGGUCCCCAAACACCUCGAAUCUCUCGCCACCACCGUCUUCCAAUCCCUCUUCCCCCCCAUUAAUCCCCAACAGACCCCCCUCAAGACAAUCCGACGCGUCCUCCUCCUGAAUCGCGAAAAGUCCGAGGAAGAUGACGGGACCUUCAUCGUGAAUUUCAGACACUACGCCAUUACCACAAAGUCUACCACCGUGUCGAAACCUCUGCGACGAAUCAAGGCAGCUGAAAAGUUAAUGACAACCAAGUCAAGCAGGCAGGGACGCAUGCCCAACCUCGGCAAGCUCGAAGACAUUGCCGACUACAUGAUUGGGGGUGAAACAGGGGACGGAUACAUGACGGACGCUACCAGUGGCAGCGAGAUUGACACGGACGCGGAAGUCGAAGUUGUCGACAACGCCCCCAGAAAAGUAUUGUCAACAAAAGCCCGUCUGGCUGCCGAACAAGCCGGCCAAGAACCUGAAGAGGAAGUAGAAAACGUGGAGCGAAGAGCCGUCAAACUCGUCGAGCUGGGCCCUCGCAUGCGCCUACGACUGACCAAGGUUGAAGAGGGACUGUGCGCCGGCAAGAUCAUGUGGCACGAGUACGUGCACAAGAGCCGCGAAGAGAUUCGGGAACUUGAGAAGCGAUGGGAGAAGAGAAGACAGGAGAAGGAGGCCCGCCGAAAAGAGCAAAAGGCCAAUGUGGAGAGGAAAAAGGCCGAAAAGGAGGCCAGGAAGAAGAAAUCAGGCGAUGGGGACGGCGAGGAAGAGGAAGAAGACGAGGACGAGAAUUACAGCGACGUGGACUUUGACGACUUUGACAGCGAGGGCUUGGCGGGCGAUGCCGAGUUCAAGGCGAAUGAGCAAAUGGAGGAGGAUGGGGCGUGGGAGGACGAGAGGGAAGAAAUCGGGCGCGACUAA